UUUUCCUUUGUCGCCCGCCCACCAGUUGAUUCCAGCUCAGUGUCAAGAGGCGACAGGAGAGAAGGCCGAAGCAGACUUUUUUUCUCACAAAGCGUUGCUGCUUUUCCCGCUGCACCUUCCAGUCUCACCAUCACCAUGCUGCGCUUGACCUCGUCUCGCCUGGGAAGUCUUCUGGCCAGACGUCCCACAGCAGCCCUGACCUCCAGCAGCAAGGGGAGGCCGGCGAGCCAGCAGAGCCAUGGGGUGUCAGAGGCAGAGGACAUGUCUCGGCCGACAUACUACGAGCGCGUGGACAUGCCUCUGCCUGACAAGCCCUAUAAGGACGUGCUGAGCGAAGCUGAAGAGAAGCUGAAGCAGAAGGAGAAAGGACCCUGGAGUCAGCUGACCAAGGAGGAGAAGGUCGCCUUGUACCGUCUCAAGUUCUCCCAGAGCUACGCUGAGAUGAAGGCUCCCACAGGAGAGUGGAAGACUGUGUUGGGUGGAAUGUUCUUCUUCCUGGGCUUCACGGGUCUGGUGGUCUGGUGGCAGAGGAUUUACGUCUACCCCCCCAGCCCCAGGACGCUGGACGAUGACUGGAAGGCCAUGCAGAUCCAGAGAAUGCUGGAUAUGAGGAUCAACCCUGUGCAGUGGAAGUGAGACGGGGGGCCACAGAGGCUCCUUCACAGCUACUGAAGGCUUCUGGCACUACUACUGCUGUAACCGUCCACAUGUAAUCACAGAUUAAUAAUAAAACUUUAUGACAACUCA